UUCCAUGCACAUUCUCGUUAGUAUUUUAGGUUGAGCAUCCCUUGACAGAACGUUGAAAGAUGAUUAUUCGAUUACUAUCGCCAUCUAUAAAACAUAAAAAUUUUGUGUUACAACAAAAUUAUCAUAGAGGACAUUCGCAUUCCUUUCUCCGAUCGGUAAUUUUCACAACAGGGAAAGAAAUUCUCUUUUUCAGUUCCCUACAGUGAUUAUAGAUGACCCUACCCCCGAAACUUCUGGGGAAAAUGGCCGCCACUUCCUGUACCAUUCUUUGCGGAUGUACCUAUUUUAGACCCAUCCCCCUAUUGUUAGUCGUAAUUCUUGCCCUUUUCUUUCACUGUAUAAGGUAAACUAGUGGGACAUACUUCAUUUUGUGAUUUCUCGUUAAACUACGUAGUUUAUUUUGAGUUUAUAAGUGUUUGCUGUGAAUUUUAUUCGAUAAAAAAUGCCGUUUAAAGUGUCUAGAUCCCAGAUAACGGAAGGUGUUCGUAGAAAAGAUAGACCUAAGAAAAGGAAACAAUCGUUUAAUCCGAAAAAUCCUGAGAUAGAUGAUAAUUCUUUCACGAGUUCGUCGGCAAAGAAAUUAAAAGGCGAGGAUAAACAGCACGUGCCAGAGGAAGCCACACUACAAUAUUCGAUCAUUGACUUUGCUCUGGUUUUUUCUACACUUUCGUCUUGUGUACGGUGUUCAAACAUUAUUAAAAGUGCAGGUGAAGAACAAUUUUGUAAUGGAAAAAUAGAUUUUAAACAAUGCUCCAUAUUCGGUCUGGGAUUUAAACUUGUGGUACAAUGUGAACGAUGUAAACCAAAAUAUAUUUUAUCAUGUCAACAAAUUGGCAGAAUGUAUGAACUAAAUCGGCGGUUUAUUUUUGUUAUGCGAGUAUUGGGUUUGGGUCUUGCUGGAUGCAAGAAGUUUUGCGGUUUGAUGGAUAUAAGCAGCUCCUUUUUGAAUCAAUCAACAUACGACUUUUAUAUUAAUAAAAUACAUGAAUGUAUUACCAUAGUUGCUGAGAAACUGUUCUCCUCUGCUGCUACAGAGGAAAAGCAAAUGACAAGUUUAACAAACAACAUUGAAGAUACGACAGAUGUGACUGUCUCCGGUGAUGGGACGUGGAAAAAGCGUGGUUUUGCAUCACUUUAUGGUGUCAGUUCUCUAAUCGGAUAUCAGACAGGAAAAGUCUUGGAUGUUAUUGUUAAAAGUUCAUACUGUAAAUUAUGUGAGUCUUGGAAAAAAAAAUUAGAUACGGCAGAAUUUGAAGAGUGGAAAGAAGAACACAUCGAAACUGAUCAAUGUGCCGCCAAUCACACUGGAGCAUCUGGAAACAUGGAAGUAUCUUCAAUUAUUGAAAUGUUUAAACGUUCUAUUGUAAAACAUGGCGUGAGGUACGUAAAUUAUAUAGGAGAUGGAGAUUCUAAAACAUACUCUGGUAUUCUCAAAGCCCAACCUUAUGGUGAAGAUUUUGUUGUCAAUAAGAAAGAAUGUAUUGGCCACGUACAGAAGAGGAUGGGCACCCGGUUGCGUGAUUUAGUGAAGAAAACCGUUGAGGAAAAGAUGGUCAAAGGCAAAAAAACUCAAAAAAAAAUUCUUUCCGGUAAAGGUAAAUUGACUAGUAAAUUGAUAGACAAAUUAACUGUAUAUUAUGGCUUAGCGAUAAGAAGAAACAGUGAUUCAGCUGAUAAAAUGAGGGAUGCAAUAUGGGCUACUUACUACCACUACAGCUCUACAGACAAAAAUCCUCAGCAUCAAAAUUGCCCUGAAGCUCCAGCCACGUGGUGCACCUGGCAGCAAGCAUCAGCAUCAAAUAAUCUCUCAUCGUUCAAACACAAUUAUACUCCAUUACCAGAUGAUGUUUUGACUGCAAUGAAACCAAUUUAUGAAGACCUGAGUAAGGAUGAGCUUUUGGAGCGGUGUGUUGGUGGAUUUACACAAAAUAACAAUGAAAGUUUCAAUCAGUUGAUUUGGAAAAUUACUCCCAAAAUACUUCCAGCUGGGUCAAUAAUCGUUCAAAUUGCUGCAUUAAUCGUUGCUUGUACUUUCAAUGAAGGAAUAUCAGCAUUAUUAUUAAUUAUGCACAGUAUGGACCUAAAACUUGGUCCAAAUUCCCACAAUUAUGCCCGAAAGAUAGAUGAAAACCGGGUGAUCGCAGCCGAAAAGAAAUCUACUAGCGAGACUCGUGAAGCCAGGGUUCGUCAUCGACAGGAGCAAAAGGAUGCCCUGGACAUUGCAGCUGCAGCAGGUUCUCUACUUUAUGGCCCAGGAAUCGACGAUUCAAUGUAAGUUGAAAAAAAGAUUUUUUUUCCGACUUUUAUUGUCUCCAAAACUUUAAACGCGUUUUUCUCAAAACUAUAUUUUCAAAGUCGGUUGUCAAGAUUUCUCGCGAACUACUCAACCGAUCUUAAUGAAAUUUUACACAAGUCUUCGAGAUAUCAUUUACAAGGUCUUGAACGAAGGAUUUUUUUUUUUAAUUACAACUAUUUGAAAAUAAAAAAUUUCGAGAAAUUUUCAUCAAAAUUUGCAUUUUUUUAUAAAAAUGUCUGCCAAAAAUCGAAUUUUCAUUUUUUUUUCCUUCGUCCAAUACCUAGU